ACCCGGUGCAGACCGUAGACUGUAAAUAUUGUGCAGACCUAGCUAGCAAGCUAACGCCACCAUCUCCAAACCGGCAACGUAAUCGCUAAAUAAAGCACUAACGUUAUUUGGUUGUUAAUAUUUUCUUAAUUCUUUUGUAAAGACGGUGAAAAUGGAGCAGGCAGUGUGGCCUGCCUUUCCACUCACGUUAUCCUACGAGGUGACCGUUCCUAGGCCGCAAUACGUGGCCCGUGAGUAUGCGGGCGUGGUGGUGCCGUCACACCUGAUACCCUGUUAUUACAAUAUGGCGAUUGAAAAGCCAAGUCCAAAGGAGAACAGGAAAUUCUUGCUGGACAGGUCUGUAUUUAAUUUGGUGGAUGUUCAUAAAUUCCUUUCCUUAACUGACCAAAGGCUGCUGGGUUGGUAUCUCUCGUUGUUGCCAGAGGACAGAAAGAUCAUACAAGAUGAAGGAGGGUUUCACCAGUUCCUGCAUCGACAUCCCGCCCUAGAACUGACUCGGUAUCAUGUUUAUGUGAAGUAUAACUUUGCAAGUGACCAACCUGCCCAGCCAACUGUGACAUCCAACAGGCCCAUGCAUGUCUCACAAUCUACAGCUUCAGCAGCAACGCAGAGCAGAUUUGACUUGUCCUAUGGUCAUCAAAACUUGGCGAUGCUUCCCAAUGAUGUAAGGGAGACCUUGACCCUGCUUGGCCGUAGAAACCAUGGGGACGGAUCCCAAAAACAUCCACAGGAGGAAAUCUGCCGCACCACACAGCUUGUUCGCCAGCAACACUGCCUCCCAACAGCCUUCAGCAACACCACCAUGCAGGAACCAAGCCACCAGAAGAAUGAAUACACAAUUUCUUUGAAGGGCCCGUCAAGGCGGAUGUCGAGCAGCGCAGCAGCUCUUGCAAACUGCUCUCUGGACAUGGAUCUGGAAAGACGCAGCAAGGGCGGAGAGCCUGAGCUCAGCAGCCAGACUGCAAUGACACAAGGCCAGAGUGCUAACUGCACAUAUGGGGAAGUCAGUCCAUUACAGUGGUCUCCUGAGUACUACAGCUUUGACAGUAUCCAAAUGGAUGAUACAGAGUACCGCGACGGGAGCAUUAUCCAGGCAGUUGAGCUGGAACAGGUCAGCCCUCUUCUGGACCCAGUUGAGGAAAAUGGCACAAAGGAAGGGGGUCAGGGUCAGGAGCUCGACGGUAAUGAGUACAAUGUAGAUGAUGACGACGCUAUCUUAAGCUUUGGAGAUCAGAGUGACAACUUCCAUAGCAUCAUGGAGAAUGAUCAGAGCAUACUUGUCUGUCUUGCCAGCGAAGAUGUAAAAGCACAAAAUAAUGGGGUUCAGUCAGGUCCACUCACCGCCGACGGUAAAGCACUGGCAGCCAGCAGGGAGACCUUGAAUUCUGACCAGUCUGUCGUCAAGAAAGACACUGCAGAAAUGCACACCUCCACUAUGCCCUGCGCUACUACCUGCGAUGUUAUGGUUGGCACUGAGCUGGCAAUGUGCAUGUCGGAUGCCACCCAAACUGAGAAUCCAAAAACGGCCGACAAGCAUGUCGUCACCGAGGUCCACAUGACAGAUCUGGACUAUCUCACUGAGGAAUUUCUCAAACUAAAGAUGGCUCAAGAGGAACUGAGAAAGCAAAAAGAGAAAAGGAAAAGUUUGGGUUGUAAAGUAAGAAAGGAAUGUGACUGUAUCCAGCGUGCUCAGCAGGCAGAGCUGGCCCUUCUGGCCCUGCAGUACAGCAUGUGCAGACAGCACUGCUGGAUACUCUACUAUACCUCUGCUGAGGGAGGACAGGCCACAUCAGUGCCAAACAACCCUCCUGUAGACAUUGUAAGUGUUCUGCAGAAACUGGAAUCUGACUAUAAUCAGAUGAGAGAUAAGCUCUCGACAGGGGUUCCUCUGGAGCAACUCAAGCCUUUGUCUGUUGAUUCGGAGAAGAUAACCACAGGUGCAAGUUACAUCCCUGCACAGAUCAUUGAUGAUGUGCUGGGAAAUGUUCCAUCUUGGAGCUCCCAGGAGCCACAGAAACAUGAUACAUCCGUUGAAGAAAAUGGAUGUCCCGAUGAUCAAAGCAGAAAUGGCUGCCAGCCCAGUCAAAGAAAGGAAAAAGGGAUCAAGGAGGACAGAGAAGCGAUGAGAGCUGUCACUCUUGUCGCCCAGGAUAGAGGCGCUAUCCAUAAUGCACACAAGCCAGCAGAAAGGCAGACGACAGCUGAGUGCAAAGAGCUCAACACAUCCGAGGCGUGGUACGAUGCCGAAGAAGACGUGAAGCCUGCAGUAGCUACUCAGACAGGACAGGACACAACAGUGAUCGCGAAAGAUAAGACCAGUGAGUCAGCCAGCACGGAGGUCAAUAGCUCAGUACUCUGUGUUUCCAACCUACCCAGUCAUGUGACAGAGAGUAAUGUGAUGCAGUGGUUUGAGAAAUACCAUGUGUCUGAGGUCAGCUUUCCCGCUUUAAAGAAUGAUGUGAGAGUUGCCAUAGUUGUGAUAAAUGGACUCCAAUCUGCCAAGGACGCAGCGCGAGAGCUGCAUGGCUGCUGCAUGCAAGGCCAUACUUUACAUGUGGAGCACAUCCACAAAGCCAUUGGUGAGAGCCAGAGCCAGGCCUCAGCCUCCAUCAGUGGAUCGGAGUCUUCACGCGACGCCGACAAACCACGAACCUCCAAGACUGAAAGAGAGCUGACAAGGCAGCCGCUGCUUAGCUCCAGCAUCAAGCACAGGAAGGUGGUCUCAAUCUCCCCCACAGCGAAGGGAACCUGUGUGCCCCAACACUAUGGCACCAUGGGCAGCUUCGAUAUCCUGAUGUCAGAGCUGACGCAGCGCCACCCAGACGUGGAAAGGCAGAGGAUUGUGGAUGCUCUGAUGGAGCUGAAGGCCAAGCACCAGGGUGUCCUCAGCGGCCUGCCCCUCCGGACCAUCCGGGAGAUGACGUCCGAGCUUCUGACCACGCCAGCAAGCAAUGCAGUCACAAGGAAGCAAAGCUCAGUGCUUUAAAAUCUUUGUUCUUCCCAGUGAUAUGUUUGAAUGGCAUUACAAGUCAAACAGUUCACAGAAGGAGAAGGCAGUUAUAU